AUGCCCGAAACCGACCUCGAUAUCGACGAGGCCAUAAUCUUUACAAAUUGGAAGACACUGGUUUCCUGCCAGCAGAAGAACGAGAAGCUGCUUCAUGAUAUAGUCACAAAAGAGACAGAGGAGGCGAAAAAGUCUCUACGAUGGAUCCUCGAGGCCCAGAAAGGCACAGCAAUCAACCAAUACCUAUUCGUCUUUACCGUCACGACGAUCAUUCAUCUGCCCCUUAGCUUCGUCGCAAGCACUUUUGGAAUGCACCUCUUUGAUAGUUCGGAACCCCACAAGACAUAA